UAAAAAGUCACAGCCCAACAGUAGUAGAAGCCCCCCUCUAUUUAUUCUUCAUAAAUAAGGAAACCUUCUCUUCACCUCCCCACUUCUCCACUGCCAAGCUACUUCAUUCUUUGCUGGUGGAAGGCAAUUAAUUCCUUCCAAACUAUUCAUUUCAAUACCCAGUCUAAGUUUCUGACCAAUUUCAGUUCAUACUCAUUCUCCCAGGAAGAAAAACUACACACACAAAAGCAAAAAUGGCUGUUCUUGAACUUCUUUUAGUGGGAAUUAUGGCCAUAUUGUCUCCGGUGCACGGGUACGGUGGCUGGAGCAGAGCCCGUGCCACAUUCUACGGCGGGGGCGAUGCCUCGGGAACAAUGGGUGGAGCAUGUGGAUAUGGGAACCUAUACAGCUCAGGCUAUGGAACCAACACUGCAGCAUUGAGCACUCCUCUGUUUAACAAUGGCCUGAGCUGUGGAUCCUGUUACCAGAUAAUGUGCGUCAAUGAUCGGUCAUGUGUUCGAGGAAUUAUUACCGUCACUGCCACGAAUUUCUGCCCUCCUGGGGGCUGGUGUGAGCCUCCAAACCCUCACUUUGAUCUGUCUCAGCCUGUGUUCCUAAGAAUUGCACAAUAUAAUGCAGGAGUUGUUCCUGUUUCUUACAGAAGGGUGCCCUGCAUGAGAAGGGGAGGAAUCAGGUUCACCGUGAACGGACACGCUUUCUUCAACCUAGUUCUGGUGACAAACGUCGGCGGUUCCGGCGACGUACACGCCGUGUACAUAAAAGGAUCGAAAACCGGGUGGCAGAUGAUGUCCAGAAACUGGGGGCAGAACUGGCAGAGCAAUGCCAACCUUAACGGCCAAAGCCUCUCUUUCAGGGUGGUUACCGGAGACGGCCGCAGCCUCGUGUCGUACAACGUCGCUCCUCCGUCGUGGUGCUUCGGUCAGACCUACACCGGCCGCCAGUUCCGCCUCACUUAGCUGCCCGGAAAAAGGAGAUCCUCACUGGCCGGAAGGACAUUAUAUUUUUAUUACUCCAAUUUUUAAAGGGAUUAGUUUUGGAGAAGUCCUUUUAAUUUACCCUUUUUAGCCAUGCCAAAAAUUGGCCUGGUGAUUUAUUUAAUCAACAAGAGACAGGUGGGUGUUGUACGCGUGAGGAUUAAUUUUCUACUAUUUUAUUGUUGUUAAUUAAUGUUAUGCAGAAAAAACCUAUCUGCAUAACUGUGGAAGGCAUAAAAUUUCCAGUUUUUCUGUUUGUAAUUAGUAAGUAAUAAAUAGGAUUAAGGGGUAAUCAGCUAAUGCUGAGAGUGGAGGCAGUGGUCUGUUGUACUUUUGGAGCAAUGGGUUGUGAAGGUAUGAUAAAAGAAGCCUUCCAUGCCGGCCAGCAGCUUAUUCUGAUUUUUCAUUCUCAAAUACUCGUAUGAAGUACUUCCUCCGUUCCUUUUUAAUUGCAACAGUCAACAUUUCACGUUUGUCAAUGCACAAGUUUGACAUUAAUAUCUGUAAUUCCUUAUUAGUAAAAAAAAUUAAAAAAAAUCAUAUUUUGAAAAUUUAGAAUAAGAAGAAUUUAACAAUAUUUUUUAAAAAUUUAAUUUAUUAUACAUCAAUUAAUAAAAUGUAGUCAAAGUAGAACAUGUGAAUAGUGCAAAAAGUCCAAUGUUGCAACUAAAAGAGAACGGAGGUAGUAUAAUAUUAUUGUAAUUCCCUAGUAUGAUCAUCGAAAAUAAUGCAAUCAGCUUCUAAUUGUCAUAAUGCAUGGUUCGAAAGAGGGAUUCAAGAUUUGUAGAGACAUUUAAAAAUUUUGAGGAAAAUAAAUUUAUAAAAGUUGCACAAU